AUGACUAUUUCGACAAGCGCGGAUCAUGUGGACCGACUUGCGCGAAAGGUUCAAGGCUUCAUCCAGCAGGAACCCGAGAGCUCGAGAAUUCUCAUCGGCAUUUCUGGGAUCCCUGGCUCGGGUAAAACGACCCUAGCUGCUGCAGUUGUCGAUCAUCUCAAUCAAUUGGAAAACACCGAUCUCGCAGCAUAUAUACCAAUGGAUGGCUAUCAUCUAUCGAGGGCACAGUUAGCAGCGAUGCCAGAUCCUAAGACGGCAAUUCACCGUCGAGGUGCUGCAUUUACCUUUGAUGGACAAGCGUUCCAUCGACUAGUUCAAAAGCUCCGGGAACCUUUGACCACAAAUACACCUACUAUCUACGCACCAUCCUUUGAUCAUUCAAUCAAGGACCCUGUGGCCAAUGAUAUUCCUAUCUCACCUCAAUCAAAAGUAGUCAUUUUUGAGGGGCUGUAUCUGUCUUUGAACAGUGAGCCAUGGAGCUUGGCUUCUGCUCUGAUGAAUGAGUGUUGGUUUAUUGAGGUCGAUCGCGAUAUUGCUCGAAGCAGACUUAUCAAACGUCAUGUAACUGCAGGGAUUGUACCUGAUGCCGCGGCUGCUGAGCAUAGAAUUGAUACCACGGACUGGUUAAACGCAGAUGAUAUCAUGGAAAACCGACUUCCUGUGGAUGAGCUAGUUCCCGGGAGCUAA